AGAAGAAAAAAGAGGGAAAGGGAGGAAGAAGAAGGAGGAGGAGAAGCGGAGCGCGGGGAAGGCUGCUCCUCCGAGGACAGCGCGCAGCACCAUGCAGCUGGCGCCGCUGGCGCUGGCACUCACCACGCUCUUCAUCGACGGCUUGAGGACGGGAGCGAGGAGGCAGAAGCUGCACCCCAGGCAAGCCCAGCUGCUGGAGAAGCUCAGCGAGUACGAGAUCGUGACUCCUACCCGGGUGAAUGAGUUCGGCGAGCCCUUCCCCACCGAUGUCCACUUCAGGCGGCGCCGGCGGAGCACCAGCGCUGCCCCCGACGCCUGGACGGCGGCCGCCGCCGCCUCCCCCAAGGCGCACUACAGGCUCUCCGCCUUCGGGCAGCAGUUCCUCUUCAACCUGACGGCGAGCUCGGCCUUCAUCGCCCCGCUCUUCACCGUCAGCCUCCUGGGAGAGCCCGCCGCCGACCAGCGGCGCCUGUACGCCGAGGCGGCCGACGCCGACGUGAAGCACUGCUUCUACCGGGGGCACGUCAAUGCCCGCCCGCGGCUCACCGCCGUCAUCAGCCUCUGCUCCGGGAUGCUAGGCACAUUCAAGUCUGACGAUGGGGACUAUUUUGUAGAGCCGCUGCUGUCACUUGAAGAACAGGAGUAUGAAGAAGAACACAAUAAACCACAUCUUGUCUACCGACACCGGACACCUCCAACCAACUCUUCAGGGGACAGGCAGACUUGCGAUACUCCAGAUCAUGAGCACAGUCACAAAAAGAACAAGUGGAAACACUGGAGAAGACAGUGGGCAGAAAGCAGCAUAUUAUCUGACGUGGAGAUGUUGAAACACAGCCUGGAAGUGAAUUCUUUUUCUGGCGAUAGCAACAAGACUGGGACCGUCGGUGAAAAGAAGAGCCACAAGAGAACGAAGCGGUUCCUCUCCUACCCGCGGUUUGUGGAGGUGAUGGUGGUGGCUGACAGCAGGAUGGUCGCCUACCAUGGAGCCAACCUACAGCACUACGUCUUAACACUGAUGUCAAUAGUGGCUUCUAUCUACAAAGAUCCAAGCAUUGGAAAUUUAAUUAAUAUUGUUAUUGUGAAAUUGGUCGUGAUACAUAAUGAGCAGGAUGGUCCUGCAAUAUCUUACAACGCCCAAACUACAUUAAAAAACUUCUGCCAGUGGCAGCAAUCCCAGAACCACCCAGAAGGAAGUCACCUUCAACAUGAUACAGCCGUGCUUGUUACCAGACAGGAUAUUUGUAGAGCGCACAACAAAUGUGAUACUCUGGGUUUGGCAGAGCUGGGCACAGUCUGUGACCCAUACAGGAGCUGUUCAAUUAGUGAAGAUAAUGGACUGAGCACUGCCUUCACAAUAGCACAUGAACUUGGCCAUGUUUUUAACAUGCCACACGAUGACAAUCUUAAGUGCAAGGAAGAUGGGGGUAAAAAUCAACAGCACGUCAUGGCACCAACACUGAAUUUCUACACCAAUCCCUGGAUGUGGUCAAAAUGCAGUAGGAAAUACAUCACUGAAUUUCUGGACACUGGUUAUGGAGAGUGUUUGCUUGAUGAACCUUCAUCAAGAACUUACACGUUGCCUCAGCAGCUCCCGGGGCUGAUUUAUGAUGUCAACAAGCAAUGUGAGUUAAUUUUUGGACCCGGAUCUCAAGUGUGCCCCUAUAUGCAGAUGCAGUGUCGACGACUUUGGUGUAUCAACGUCGAUGGUGCUCACAAGGGAUGUCGAACCCAGCACACGCCUUGGGCCGAUGGGACAGAAUGUGAGCCUGGAAAGCACUGCCGGUUUGGGAUGUGUGUGCCCAAAGAGCGAGAGGCGCCGGUGAUAGACGGAGCAUGGGGGACAUGGAGCCCUUUUGGGACCUGCUCAAGGACCUGCGGUGGCGGCAUAAAGACGGCGAUACGAGAGUGCAACAGGCCCGAGCCCAAAAAUGGUGGGAAAUACUGUGUGGGUCGCCGCAUGAAGUUUAAAUCCUGCAACACCGAACCAUGCUCAAAGCUGAAGAAGGAUUUCCGGGAUGAGCAGUGUGCUGACUUCGACGGGAAGCACUUUAACAUCAACGGGCUGCCCACGAACGUGCGCUGGGUUCCCAAAUACAGCGGCAUCUUGAUGAAGGACCGGUGCAAGUUGUUCUGCCGGGUGGCGGGAAACACGGCGUAUUACCAGCUGCGGGACCGCGUCAUCGACGGGACGCCCUGCGGCCCCGACACCAACGACAUCUGCGUGCAGGGCCUCUGCCGGCAAGCUGGAUGCGAUCAUGUGCUGAAUUCAAAAGCAAGAAGAGAUAAAUGUGGUGUUUGUGGUGGAGAUAAUUCUUCAUGUAAAACGGUUGCAGGCACAUUUAACACGGUGCAUUAUGGCUAUAACGUUGUGGUUCGCAUCCCAGCUGGUGCAACUAAUAUUGAUGUGCGUCAGCACAGUUACUCAGGGAAACCAGAGGAUGACAACUACCUGGCCUUAUCUAACAGUCAAGGAGACUUUAUAUUAAAUGGAGACUUUGUCGUCAGUAUGUUUAAAAGGGAAAUCAAAGUUGGGAAUGCUGUGAUCGAAUACAGUGGAUCGGAUAAUACUGUUGAAAGGAUUAAUUCUACAGAUCGGAUUGAGCAAGAAAUAACGCUCCAGGUUUUAUCAGUUGGCAAUUUGUACAAUCCUGAUGUUCGUUACACAUUUAAUAUCCCCAUUGAGGACAAACCUCAGCAGUUUUACUGGAAUGAGCAUGGCCCAUGGCAGUCCUGCAGUAAGCUCUGUCAAGGAGAAAGAAAAAGGAAACCUGUGUGUAAGAGAGAGUCAGAUCAGCUCACGGUGUCAGACCAGCGAUGCGAUCGAAUUCCACAGCCUGAUCCCACCACUGAGCCUUGUAACACUGAAUGUGAAUUAAGGUGGCACAUCGCGAGGAAGAGCGAGUGCACAGCACAGUGCGGGCUGGGCUACCGCAUCCUGGAGAUCUACUGCUCCAAGUACAGCAGGCUGGAGGGCAAGAUAGAGAAGGUGGAUGACCGCUUCUGCAGCAGCCAGCCCAAGCCCAGCACCAGGGAGAAGUGCACUGGAGACUGUAACGUGGGAGGGUGGCGGUACUCGGCCUGGACAGAGUGCUCCAAGAGCUGCGGCGGGGGCACGCGGCGGCGCCGAGCCAUGUGCGUGAACACCUACAACGACGUCCUGGACGACAGCAAGUGCAGCCAGCAGGAGAAGCUGACGGUGCAGCGGUGCAGCGACUUCUCCUGCCCCCAGUGGAAAACUGGAGACUGGUCCGAGUGUUUGGUCACCUGUGGAAAAGGGCACAAGCACCGCCAGACCUGGUGCCAGUUUGGAGAAGAUCGAUUAAAUGACAGGUUUUGCGAUCCCGAGACGAAGCCGGAGUCGGUGCAGACGUGCCAGCAGCAGGAGUGUGCAUCGUGGCAAGUGGGGCCGUGGGGCCAGUGCACAGUGACUUGUGGCCAAGGCUACCAGAUGAGAGCAGUGAAGUGUGUUGUGGGCACCUACGUGUCAGUGGUGGAUGAUAAUGAGUGUAACGCUGCAACCAGGCCAACAGAUACCCAGGACUGUGAAAUAGCUGUAUGUCCUCCCCAUCCAAAUAGUCCCGAAGCCAAGAGAUCCAUAUCAGGCGUUCACAGGACACAGUGGAGAUUUGGAUCCUGGACACCGUGCUCCGCAACAUGUGGGAAGGGUACCCGGAUGAGAUACGUCAGCUGUCGGGAUGACCAGGGCUCCGUGGCCGACGAGUCAGCUUGUUUCCACCUUCCAAAGCCAUCAGCUACAGAAAUGUGCACCGUGACACCAUGUGGGCAGUGGAAAGCCUUGGAGUGGAGCUCUUGCUCGGUGACUUGUGGUCAAGGUAAGGCAACGCGACAAGUGAUCUGCAUCAAUUACAGUGACCAGCUGGUGGAUAGGAGUGAGUGUGACCCAGACGACCUCCCUGCCACCGAGCAAGACUGCUCCAUGUCUCCUUGUCAUCCAAACAGCCAUGACUACGGCAGGCCCAUCCACCCUUUCCUCUAUCCGGAUCAUCGCCUGAAAGUGCACCCGGGGGGCAGCCCAAACCGAAACCGUGCGCAUAUACCGGGAGGCAAUCAGUGGAGGAUUGGCCCCUGGGGUGCUUGCUCUAGCACAUGUGCGGGGGGGUUCCAGCGGCGGGUCGUGGUGUGCCAGGAUGAAAACGGAUACACUGCAAAUAACUGCGAUGAGAAAAGCAAACCCAUGGAGCAGAGAUCGUGCGAAUCUGGCCCCUGUCCGCAGUGGGCUUAUGGCAACUGGGGAGAGUGCACGAAGCCAUGCGGGGGAGGGACAAGAACGCGGCUGGUGGUGUGCCAGCGCCCCAAUGGAGAAAGGUUUACGGAUCUGAGCUGUGAAAUCCUUGACAAGCCACCGGACAGAGAGCAGUGCAAUGUGCAGGACUGUCCUAGAGAUGCUGCCUGGAGCGCUGGUCCUUGGAGCUCGUGUUCUGUCUCCUGUGGAAGGGGCCAAAAGCACCGCAGUGUGUACUGUUUGUCAAAGGAAGGGAGACAUGUAGAAGAAGAGUAUUGCAAACACCUUGCUAAGCCAAACGUGCAAAAGAAAUGCAGAGGGGGCAGAUGUCCGAAGUGGAAAGCAGGAGAUUGGGGACAGUGCUCCGUGUCCUGUGGCCGGGGUGUCCAGCGCCGCGCCGUGCACUGCCACAGCGGCGCCCCGAAGGCAGCCGAGGAUGCCGAGUGUGACCCGGCCAGCCGUCCCCCUCCGCAGCGGGACUGUCACCUCCCCGAGUGCCCCACGCACCGCUGGGCAGCCGGCGAAUGGCAGCCGUGCAUGAAGACGUGCGGGGAGACGUCCCGGUACCGCAAGGUGGUCUGUGUGGAUGAGAACAACAAGCAGCUGCAGGACAGCGGCUACUGCGACACCAGCAAACGCCCCCCCGAAAUCGAGAGCUGUGGGCUGCCACCCUGUGAAUACAUCUGGAUCACGGGGGAGUGGUCAGAGUGCUCGGUCACGUGUGGGAAGGGAUACAGGCAGCGCCUCGUGUCCUGCAGUGAGAUUUACACCGGGAAGGACCACUAUGAGUACGGGUACCAGAACAUGGUCAACUGUCCUGGCACUCAGCCACCCAACAUCCAGCCCUGCUACCUCGGGGAAUGCCCUGUCUCGGCAUCCUGGCGCGUCGGCAACUGGGGAAGCUGCUCUGUCACCUGUGGAGUUGGGGUCAUGCACCGGUCAGUGCAGUGUUUGACGAACGACGACCAGGUCAGCAGCUUGUGCCAUGUGGAUCUGAAACCUGAGGAGAGGAGGACAUGCCACAAUGUCCAUGACUGUGAACUACCAAGGAGUUGCGAAGAUGUUAAAAAUCUCAAAGGUGUCACUGAAGAUGGUGAAUAUUUCCUGCAAGUCAAAGGAAAGACGUUAAAGGUGUAUUGCUCUGGGAUGCAGACUGACAGCCCAAAGGAGUAUGUGACCCUUGUAAAUGGAGAUGCAGAGAAUUUUUCAGAGGUGUAUGGUUACAGAUUGCAUAACCCGACCGAGUGUCCGUAUAACGGGAGCAGACGAGAAGACUGCCAGUGUAGGAAAGAUUACACAGCAGCUGGGUUUUCCACCUUCAGCAAACAACUGACUUACAGUUUGCAAGGACACACGAUGGACGACCUGUUCCUUAUGCCACUGCUGGGGACUGCUACAGUGCUGCCAAAUGCCCUCAGGUAUUUGACAAGAGGAUUUCAUAGGAACUGGUGCCAUUUGUUAUGUUCAGGCCCUCUAUUAAUUACUGCUGAUCACAUCAGCCCAGCUUCAGUGUGGGGCACAUUCUUAUCUCAGUGAUCAGAAACUUUUCCCUCUGUGAAGAUGGAGAAAGUUCCCUUUGUGAAGAUGGAGAAAGUAGUUUCCACUUUCCAUAUUAUCAGGCCAGUGGCUGCCUAAGGGACAUUCCCUAUGGCCUCAAUCAACAGUAAAGGAGAAAAGGAAGAAGAAAUAGGCUGUGGGAGAAGAACUGGGCUUUACAUGGGAAGUUGAAGGCAGGGGGAUCAGUCCAUGACAGGGAUUGGUGGAAAUGCUGGGCAAGGAGAGCAGGAGGGAGUCAGGGAACCUGCCUCUGUGCUCUGCAGUCUUGUACCCACUUAAACCAGUUUGCAGGGGUGCAAGAAGAUGGGUGAGACAGCCCCUCUGGAUAGAAAGGCAGCAGACAGACAGCAGGACUCCUGCCAUGCCAGCUCUGGGAGAGGUGCCUGAGAAGGAGAGGGCAUUUGUGGGGCAGGAACAGGUCGGAUUUCUGCUGCUGGAAAGACAUAGCCCAUCUGUCAGAGACCACAGUGGUACCUGCCAGCUGCAGCCCCAGUGUCCCCACACCCUGCUGUUUAUUUUGACAGCAGCCUCAUGGGACCAUCACUGACCCCACUUUGGGGCUGCGAAAACACUGACAAAAUGAAGGUGGUGCCUGUGCACCAGGGCAAAUCCAGCCUGUCCCAGCACCACAAGUUGCCCACCCAUGAAAGCACGGAGUAGGACACAGGCUAAGUUGCCUCCUCAGUAGCUCUGGAAGGUGAUGUAGAAGAU